CACCACCCACCUGCCAUCGUCGUCUCCACAACCCAACCUCCGUCGUUCAACAACAACAACCCCCACAUCACUCAUCACCCCACCCCACCCACCUACUUGGUGCAUCCCACACUUGCAUACCUACGGGUACAUUCUGCAAUCGCUUGCCAUCCAAUCGCACGCAAACAGCAAACGCACAACACCCUUCGCACCCAAACUAGAAGAACAAUACAGGCUCAUGUCAUCCCCAGACGACAGGCCGACAACCGCCCCACCCGCAAUCGACGAGGCCUCCUCAAACGGCCAACCCUCUACAGCGCGAGAGUCCAUCUCUCUCAAGCGGGGCCGCGAGGGCUCGGUCGACCCUCAGGCAAGCGAAACUCCUACAUCGUCGCAUAUUGCCGCUAAGAAGAACCGCCUCGAGACUGCCACCGCCGGCGCCGACAUUGUCGAGACGGACGAGGAUGCUUCGGCGGCUACUAGCUCUCUGAAACCUUCGGGUGGGGACGCAGGCAAGGAAGGCCACACGGUUGGAGAGGUUCGCCGCAAGGUCGAGGAGCUCAACUGGGAGGAAGGCAAGGCGCCCCGAGAUGGGGCCGACAAGGCCGAGGUUGACGUCGAUGCGUCCGAGGACUCGAAGGACGAGUCCAAGGCCGACUCCAAGGCGGCUUCUGACGCCGCCGACAGCGCAGACUGGGUCAAGGUCAGCAAACCCGACGAGGACGGAGAGUCGGGCGGCACGUCGGAGAGCGAUUCGCCCUCGCUCAAGAGAAAGGCGGGCGACGAGCCCGACGCCAGCAGCGUCGCGUCGGACGAGAAGAAGCGCAAGUCGACCUCGCCUGCACCAGCGGAGCGCUCCGACAAGACUUCGCCGUCGGCGGCUGCGUCUGCGCCCUCGCCCUCUGCUCCACCAAAGAAGCCCCAAGCGACCUUUGGCGCGUUCAGCUCCAAGUCGUCGCCAUUCGCUUCAGUGUCGUCGUCGUCGUCGCCUUUCGGCUCGGCUGCGGCGUCGUCGUCGCCCUUUGGCUCGGCUGCGGCGUCGUCUUCGCCUUUUGGAUCUGCGGCGGCGACCUCGUCACCAUUCGGAGCGGCCGCAGGCUCGUCAUCUCCAUUCGGCUCGGUCAAGCCCAAGUCUGCGUUCGACUCGACUGCUCCGACCGCCGCCAAGCCUGGUGGAACAUCAGGCUUUGGCAACUACUCUAAUGCGUUCAGCCAAUUCGCCAAGAAGCCAGCCGCGACAGCAGACGCCGACAAGCCUGAGGCUUCCUCAUCCAGUACCUUUGGCGACAUCCUAAGGGAGAAGGGUGCGGAGGAGAAGGAGGAGAAGGUGCACUUGGACAAGCAGGAGGUCUUCACUGGAGAGGAGGACGAGGAGACCGUGUUCCAGACGCGCGUCAAGCUGUUCAGCAUGGAGACGGAGCAGGGUGCCUGGAGAGAGCGAGGCCUUGGAGCUCUCAAGCUCAACAAGCGGAGGGCUGACGGUGGCGGUGCCCGUCUUGUGAUGCGUGCGGACGGUGUGCUACGUGUCAUUCUCAACGCUUCGCUCUAUGUUGGCAUGACCUGCCUGGAAGACGGCAAGCAUGUCAGGACCACCGUGUUCGAGGGUGGUGAGCGCAGAUUCAUCACCAUCAGGACCGCCAACCCCAAGGUGGCUGCCGAGUUGAGCGCUGCGAUCCAAGAGCACACGCCAUUGGAGUCUGCGCGCUCUACCUCUGCUGCUGCGCGAUCUCCGUCCGCUGGAGCCAAGGAAAGCGUCUAAGCAUGUUCCUGUUCCUCGGUCAUUCAUCCAUUCACCCUGCACCCGGUGUCGGUGCAUUAUCCCCAUCCCGACUUACAACAGUAGGGCUGGGUGUUGUCGCUGCACAUCCGUACAUAUCCCUCCCCCCUCCCCACUGCCUCUCUGUUCUCUCACACGUCCCACUCUCCCUGCACAGCCCCUCCGCCGCCUCUGUACGCUGGUAGUAUCCCGUCGUCCGUCUUGUCCGUGCUAGAACGGGCAGGUGGGGCAACUGUAGUAUGCAUUGCGGGGUAAUCGCGAG